UCGACCGUAGCUCUUCUUCUGGUCUUUUUGCUUAAUUUGCAGCAGUCCUCAAAUUCGCUGCCAUGUCUUCUGAAGAAGGGAAGCUUUUCGUGGGAGGGCUCAACUUCAACACCGAUGAGCAGGCUCUGGAAGACCACUUCAGCAGCUUCGGUCCUAUUUCCGAGGUGGUCGUUGUCAAGGACCGGGAGACUCAGCGAUCCCGGGGUUUUGGUUUCAUCACCAUCACCAAUCCAGAACAUGCCUCAGAUGCAAUGAGAGCCAUGAAUGGAGAGUCUCUGGAUGGUCGCCAGAUCCGUGUGGAUCACGCAGGCAAGUCGGCCAGGGGAACUAGAGGGGGUGCCUUUGGGGCCCAUGGGCGUGGUCGCAGCUACUCUAGAGGUGGUGGGGACCAGGGCUAUGGGAGUGGCAGAUAUGACAGUCGACCUGGAGGAUAUGGGUAUGGAUAUGGAAGGUCCAGAGACUAUGGUGGCAGAAGCCAGGGUGGUUAUGACCGCUACUCAGGAGGAAAUUACAGAGACAAUUACGACAACUGAGAUGAGGCAUGUGCACCUAAUGUAGAUACACAAGGAAUAAAACUUCUGGUCCAGGAAAAAAAAAAAAAAAAGAAUGGA